AUGUGCGGUUUUGGUUUCGUGGCUUACGAUUUUGAUUGCUGCCAUCGCUCAAUUGAUUUUUCACUAAUGCCAUCGAUUGGCAAACCCGAAACCGAAAUAAAAGUGAAAUGCAAAGUAUUAAAAAAAGAAGAACUUAAACGCCAAAAUAAACAAUUUGUCAUGCGUUUGCGAGCGAGAAAGCAAGCAAGUGAGCUGGCCUGCUUCCAAAAGUUUCAACUGCUAUCAUAG